AUGUGUGGCUUCGUGCUCCUUGACUUAUGGAAGCUGGUCGCAGACCGGCUGGCGACUUCCAGGGGGGUUGGCAAAGGGUCCCUUUUCUUGGCGAACCAAACAAAGAACUUCCUGCAAACAGUGGCACUGAAUUUGAUAGUGGUGACAAAAACAAAAGAGCCACUUGGCAACCCCUGGCGGAACGGCCACUGCCGCCUGGGGGAAAUCGCCAUAGAGGAAUUCUUUGGCCAUGUCCGUUCCCAGAAUUCAAGCGCGCAGCACAGCGCCAGAUCCUUCUGGAAAGCUUCGGCGAAGCAAAUGCUAGUCCGAGAGACCCGUGCAGGUGAUACCAAGCCGCCUUCAGACACUCUGCAACCUUUGACGGCUGAAGAGUUUCGAUCUGCCAGCAAGCGUGCAUAUCAGGCAGCCUUGAGGUUGGUGGCUAUUUGCAGUAACCUGACUGAGGACUCAUUGAGGUCUUGCUACGAAGCUCAAUGCCAAGGAUCAAAUGGAGCGGACAAGCUGGAGCCGCUGCAUCCCUUUGAGGAUGAUGACGUUCCUAGAGCUGGGGCAGAUGGGCAUGACAAUGGUGACAACAACCCGCAGGAGGUGAAUGCUGCACUUGGCCUUAUGCCUCAAGAAGCCAAAAUUGAUGAGACUGAGCUGCAGGAGGAUGACCAGAUGGAAGAUGGAGACGCGGCUGACUUGGAGUUUGAUGGUUUGCCGGACGCACAGGAGUUGCGUCAAUUGCUGACGGCUUCAGAGCCUGAGGAGGCACAGCCUGACAAGGUAGAGAGGGAAGAGGACCCCGAGACAUUGCACCAAGCAGUUGCUGACCUGCCUGACCGCACUUGCAAAAUAGGCCUCUUCGACCAGCUGUUUCGCCUCACAAUGUUCAACACUCGUCGAUUAGCUGAGAUUGCCAAAGAGCAGGAGGAGAAUUGCUUUCAGAAACGAGCGAGCCGUUUGGACGGCUGGAUGCGUCUUGCACAGGCAGCCGUGGAAGAGCAACAGCUGGGAGUCGUGGUCCCCAACAGAAUUGAGCAUGGCAACGUCAUCAUUUUCCUCGCUGUCCGAAAGACAGGAAUGAAGAAGAAGCUUUUAGCAUCUGUGGGAUUGGUCAUGACACUGUGGAAGUGCGCCCGGAAACCCAAGCUUUCCACAGCGGCAAUUGACAUGAAGCAUUGUGUGGCUGCUCGUGUUGUAGAGCUUGGGCUGACGAGUGAGGUAGGGCAUUUAUUUGCAGAGGCUUCAGACACCUCAGUGGCCAUGAUCGUUCGUCCAAUGAGCAUAGUUCGCGUUUUGGAUGUUGAGAGCACCCAAAACCUUCCCAACGGGAUCCGAUUGAGGCUUGCUGAUGUGUGUGAGACUAUCACCAGCCAGAUGGAUACGAUUCCAGACUGGUUUCCUGUUCCGGAUACUGAGGCCGAGUUUCCAUUCAGUGCCUUUGGGGGGGGUCCCGACACCAGGCGCCACACAAGAAAGCCAAGAAAAGCAAGAAAAGUGAUUUCCAAGGAUAAUGGUGCAGGCAAGAAGGCCAACACGAAGGUCAGGAAGGCACGUGCUAAGGCCAAAACAUCAUUCAAGGUGUCUCGAUUGAUCAGGAAAAAGGUUCCACCACCCGUGACGGAAUCAGAAGCCAUCAAAUGUGUCCCAGACAACUUCCGCAGAAAUUGGACAGGGCGUCAGUUGAUCAAGGAGACAAUGCAGCGACUGCAUGCCAAAGACUCAAAGGAAAACGCAAAAAAUCCAGCUUUUGACUCUGAUGGCAAGUGCAGGCUCAAGGUUGCAGAAUGCUCCGGCGUGACAUGGACAGACAUACUUGCAAGAAGCCCCGAAUACUUCAUGAGAAAGUUUCUGGUCUCAAGAUCUUUCAUGUACCCUCAAGCUACAGAAUUGAUUUGA